CCCGCGUCCUGGUGAGGAUGCCGAGCCAGGGGACCUGCGGAUCUGCUGGCAGCCAGCAGCCCAGCUCACAGCGACCUGCACCGUAGGGCAGCCCAGCGCUCAGCAGCACAUCAGCGCAGAGCCAGUGGUUCUAUCUUCAAGUGACGUCCUUCUGGACUGCACCUCAUAGAAAUGAGAGGUCGGAGUUUCUGCUGAGCUUACCUUGGAAGGGUUCUGACUUGAUGGACAAAAUGUUUCUGCCAGCCUUCAAGGAACAGCAGGGCAGUGCCUACCAGGGACGUGUAAAAACCUUAACCAGUGCUUCUCAAAAUCCUGUGGGUUGGACAGAACACAGGCCAGCAGGUGUCACAGAAAAGCUGGUAACCAGCAGAGAAGAUACAAGAGCUAAAAUCACUAUGUGGAGCUGUGAAACCUUAAACAGUACUGACAACAUCGAAGACCAGCAUCUCUGCCAGGACUUCCACUUUGUGUUGUCCAUCUUUUCCCUACUCUACCUCAUCAUAUGUUUCCCAAUUGGCCUGUGCUACAAUGGCCUGCUGGUCCUGGUCAACCUGUACAACAAAGCGACCAUGACGAUGCCCGAUGUUUACUUUGUCAAUAUCGCCAUUGCUGGUCUCAUCAUCAACACCCUGGCACCAAUGUACCUCCUAGGUCUUGCCAACACAAAAUGGGCCAUCUGGAAUUCUAACAACGAAGUUUAUAUCACCUUGCUUAUUUUGUUCAACGUCUCAUCUUUGGUUACCAUGUACUCUACCACAUUGCUCAGUCUGGACUACUACAUCGAACGCGCCCUACCCAGAACUUACAUGUCCAGCGUGUACAACACCAAGCACGUCUGUGGAUUCAUAUGGGGAGGAGCCAUGCUCACGAGUUUCUCAUCUCUACUGUUCUACGUCUGCAACCACGUAUCCACUAAAAUAAUUGAAUGUUCCAAGAUGCAGAACAAAGAGGCAGCGGAUGCCAUCAUGGUGUUUAUCGGGUACGUCGUUCCGGCUGUCGCAGUACUGUAUGCACUUAUUCUGAUCCUGAGGAUACGCAAAGAGGCGACACCUCUGGAUCAAGACACUGGACGAUUAGAUCCAUCGGUGCACAGGCUUUUGAUUGCCACAGUCUGUACACAGUUCACGUUAUGGACACCCUAUUACGUUACCCUUUUGGUAAGCACAUUUACUUACGCACGAGGAAGACCUGCAGAUGAAAACUACAGUCGGAUAUUACAUUUUACCAAGGUUUUAUCCAAAUUCUUGGCUUUCUCGAGCAGCUUCGUGAUGCCUUUGCUUUACAGAUACAUCAACAAAAACUUUCCCAACAAAUUACGACGGCUGCUCAAAAAGAUACACUGCGGGAACCAGGGGUGUUCUCACGAACGCACAGCAGUACAGCAAGUCAUGACGUAGGCAUGAACACCUCUGGUGCUGUUACUGCAGUACUCAGACUGCGAUGCGGCUGCGUUGGCACUCAAAGUCACCGACGUGACAGCCCCAACCAGGAGGAGCCUUUAAUGAGUGAAAGAGUCUUAACUUUCCAAACGUGUUUGCUGAGAUCUGUAAGACUCUGGCUAUGUGCUGUAAUACCUGUGACAUCUAACACUCUCAGUGCACUGAACUGCUUACAAAGCGUAAGCUCUGUCUUCAUCAUUCUAAUACUCCUGUCUGAACAAAUCACUAAGCAGAUGAUGGAAAUCCUGACUGAACACACUGCACCUUGCAGGGGAAAAGGCAUUACCUUGUUUUCUGUGCAAAGAAGUAACAGCGCUAUCCUUGAUGAAGUAAAUAGUAUUUUUCAAUGAAGAUGAUACGGGUGAUCUUUGCUGAAGGGCGUAUCACCCAAUUAAAUAUGUCCGAAUAGUAAAUGUUAAUUAUAAAUUAAAUUAUUUAAUUUCCUUCUCCAUCAUCAAAUUCCCUACUCUGCCAUUUUCAGAAGCUAUAUUCUCACACUCUCUAACCUAAGCUAUUAACACGUACGACGAAUCAGAUUUUUCCUAGAUACAACAGUAACAUGUUUUAUUCUUCCGGUGCUUUGUUUGCAUCCUAAGGCAUUUCAGGAAUUCAAAAAUAUUUAUUAACUAAUUCUAGGGGAAUUGAGAGAUUUUUGUUCCACAUGUUAAAAUGAAGGACACAAUGGUUUACAAACUUAAAUCAAAACUGAACGAGUAAAGAAUGUCUGGCUAAGUGUUAUGGUCCACAUAUGUUCAUCUGUAACAAGAGUAAUUAUCUUAAAAAUAAAUAUGUUUAUGAUUAACA